CGCGGUCACUGGAGGCUUCACACUCUGAGAGGAAAGAACCGCAAAGAUCUCCCAACGGCGCAACCUUGUAGGAACCGGUACCCCGUCACGAUGAGAGGGAGCUACGGAAUGUCCGUUUUGGUUCUGCUAAGCCUGGGAUACACCUUCGCCCUGCAGGACAGCAGAGAGCAGAGCGACCCAUGGGAGAGAAUUCGCCUCCUGAGGAUGAUGGCCGAUGGGGAGGAGAACAGCGCAGGGGCCCUGUGGUACCCUCUAGCGCCCAGGCAGAGGAAGUCUACUGACCCGGCGUCUCUGUUCAGCGUGGCCAAAGAGCUGCAGGGCUUCGGGAAGGAGAGGGCCGGCUUCAGGUUCCGGUUUGGGAGGCAAGAAGAAGGGAACGAGUUUGAAGACUUUGAGCAACAAGACGAGGAGAAGCGAGGAGGAACCGCACUGGGGUCGCUGGCCGAGGAGCUCAACGGAUACAACAGGAAAAAAGGAGGGUUCAGCUUCCGAUUUGGAAGACGAUAAAGAGUUGGGGGGGGACAGAAUCACCAUGGCAACACAACGCCAGUUAGAUUAUAUUUAUCUCAUGUACUGUACUAGCACCCAAAGCAAAAAAAGAACUGUCCAUGGAAACAUCUAAACUACAACUAAACCUCCUCCAACCCUGAUGUCCUCUGAAUCCUACUGACCCCCAUAGCAGGCUCCAUAUUGUCAUUGUCCAACAAGUAUGUAAUGUUCCAGAACCAUCCGUGUUGUCUGCGGUCAUUGUUGUUAAUAUGUGGAGACAAUUGCAACCUAAUGGGUCCAUCUCUCCCCUAAAUGUUCUGGUUGUGUAUAAAGCAUUGCUGGCCGGGGGUUCUUUACAGCAAACAAUGGAUUUUGUCAAAUCGCUGCCACUAAAUUGAUAUUCAAUAAAAUAACACAAGACUCGCCUUUAACUAUUGAGUUUACAGUCAAA